CUCUCCCUGUUUUUCAGUUUAUUUUUUUUUGAGGUGGAAGGAAGAAAAUAAAAAUGGGGCGGAGAUCGACAUCAUCCACCAAGAGUGGGAAGUUUAUGAAUCCCACAGAUCAAGCCCGAAAGGAAGCUCGGAAAAGGGAACUAAAGAAGAACAAAAAGCAACGGAUGAUGGUACGAGCAGCUGUACUAAAGAUGAAAGAUCCAAAGCAGAUUAUCCGGGACAUGGAAAAAUUGGAUGAGAUGGAGUUUAACCCAGUCCAGCAGCCACAACUUAAUGAAAAGGUGCUAAAGGACAAACGCAAAAAGCUCCGUGAGACUUUUGAGCGCAUCUUGCGGCUUUAUGAGAAGGAGAAUCCUGACAUCUAUAAAGAGCUACGCAAGUUGGAAGUGGAGUAUGAGCAGAAGAGAUCACAACUCAGCCAGUAUUUUGAUGCUGUCAAGAAUGCUCAGCAUGUUGAAGUGGAAAGUAUCCCCUUGCCAGAUAUGCCACAUGCUCCUUCCAACAUCCUUAUACAGGACAUUCCCCUUCCAGGGGCUCAACCACCUUCUAUCCUCAAGAAGACAUCAGCCUAUGGACCACCAGUUCGGUCCAUUUCUGUACUUCCACCUCCUGGGCUUGGUGUUCCACGUUUGCCUCCAGGCAGGAAGCCCCCUGGACCUCCCCCAGGGCCACCCCCACCUCAAGUUCUACAAAUGUAUGGCCGUAAAGUGGGUUUCUCCUUGGACAUGGCUCCUCGAAGGCGAGAAGAGGAGAUUUCUUACAGUUCUGAAGCAGGACAGCGUGGGCAUGAUGACGAUAUGUCCAGUACCAGCGAAGAUGAAGGUUAUCCUGAGGAUAUGGAUCAAGACAAGCAUGAUGAGAGUAGUGAUGACAGUGACAGUGAUAGGUCAGAUGCAGACAGUGAAGGAGAAGACUUCGCGCAUCGUGAUAAUGACAAGGAAAGGGAAGGUGGUGAAGAAAAGAAAUCAGGUCAUAGUGUACGGUUUGCAGACAUGCCUGGGAAGUCACGGAAAAAGAAAAAGAACAUGAAAGAACUGACUCCACUCCAGGCCAUGAUGUUACGAAUGGCAGGUCAGGAAAUUCCAGAAGAAGGAAGAGAAGUAGAAGAGUAUUCGGAAGAAGAGGAGGAGGAGGAAGAAGACUCAGAGUCUGAAGAGACAUCACAACAACAACAGCAACAACAACUCAGUGAGGAAACUAUUGCAGAGACUGGAUCAUCUACUGCAGCUUCCCAGACACAACAGCAGCAACAGGCUCAGCAGUCUGCUCCUCCGACUCAGAUACAGGCACCUCCUAUGCCUGGGCCACCUCCACUAGGACCACCUCCAGCCCCUCCACUGAGGCCCCCAGGCCCACCCACUGGCCUUCCUCCUGGCCCUCCACCAGGAGCUCCUCCGUUCCUGAGACCUCCUGGCUUACCAGGAAUGCGUGGGCCUUUACCUCGACUUCUACCACCAGGCCCACCACCUGGGCGUCCACCUGGCCCUCCUCCAGGCCCUCCACCAGGUCUGCCCCCAGGUCCUCCUCCACGUGGACCUCCUCCUCGCCUGCCUCCUCCUGCCCCACCAGGUAUCCCUCCUCCUCGCCCAGGCAUGUUACGGCCACCUCUGGUGCCUCCGUUAGGACCUGCCCCACCUGGCCUCUUCCCACCAACCCCCAUUCCAAACCCCGGGGUCCUAAGUGCUCCCCCCAGCUUGAUCCAGCGCCCCAAGGCGGAUGACACCAGCGCAGCCACCAUUGAGAAGAAGGCUACAGCCACCAUCAGUGCCAAGCCGCAGAUCACUAACCCCAAGGCAGAGAUCACUCGCUUUGUGCCCACGGCCCUGCGAGUGCGCCGGGAGAAUAAAGGGGCUUCUGCUGCCUCCCAGAGAAAACAGGAUGAUGAGCCUGCUCUCCCAUUAACCAAAGCUGCCCCUAAGGCUGGAUCGUCUGCCCCUAUCUCUGUACAGACAAAGGAUGAUGUGUAUGAAGCCUUCAUGAAGGAAAUGGAAGGUCUCCUGUGA